CUUUGAACUUCGGAGGAAAUUUUAUUUUAUUUUUUGUUUGUUUGUUUGUUUUUCAUUCCUAGAUGCCCCGUGCCAAGUCCCACCGGCGGGCCCAGGCCCAGAAGCGGAGGAUGGCGCAGCCGCAGCCAUGGACCCCCCAGCCGCCUGUCCCCGAGUUCGUUGCUCGGCGCGGUACAGGGUACCGCCAUCGCGUGCGGAGAUGGCCGACUUCGAAGCUGACCCAGCGGAGCUUCAAGUUGGUCACUCCUGCCCAGAAGCCGGACCAGAAGAUGGUGUUCGUCGUGGGAGACUCCCACCUGCGGGCCCUGGUGGAUGGGAUCGUCGCGAUGCCGGAGGUACCUCUCUCUUUCUCUUUUCUCUCUGUUCCAGGUGCGCAUGCAGCAGAGCUGAGGAAGGAGGUGUCCCACGCCGCUCUCCCCUGGACCCCGGACGUGGUGUGUGUGCUCGCCCCGAGCAACAACCUGACAGCCAGCAGGAACAUCGGAGAGGCGUCGCUGGACUUCGGUGCUCUCCUGGCUACAGUUUGCAACCGCUGGGCGAAGGUGUUCGUGCUGGACUUCCCUCCACGCUUGAACAUCGAGCCUGGCCUGCAGGAGCUGUUCCGCCAGGAGUACCGCCGUGUCGCAGCACGCAUGGGUGCACCUCAGCGACAGCGACGGAACGCCGAUCCUCGUCCAGGCCCUGUGGGACGCCGCGGUCCGCCAGCUGACUCCUCCUCCUCCUCCUCCUCCCUCGGUGCCCCCCCGGACAUCGCCUCGUGCCAGGGUCUCCCCCGUGCUGGUUGUGACUGGACACAGCCCCGCGCCCCGCCACCGUGA